GGCCGCGCGCCGGGAGAGCAGGACUGGGUCAACCGGCCCAAGACGGUGCGGGACACGCUGCUGGCGCUGCACCAGCACGGCCACUCGGGGCCCUUCGAGAGCAAGUUUAAGAAGGAGCCGGCCCUGACUGCAGGCAGGUUGUUGGGGUUCGAGGCCAACGGGGCCAACGGGUCUAAAGCAGUCGCAAGAACAGCGAGGAAAAGAAAGCCUUCUCCAGAACCGGAAGGCGAAGUCGGGCCCCCCAAGAUCAACGGAGAGGCACAGCCGUGGCUGUCCACGUCCACGGAAGGGCUCAAGAUCCCUAUUACUCCUACAUCCUCUUUCGUGUCCCCACCACCACCCACUGCCUCCCCUCAUUCCCACCGGACCACGCCGCCCGAAGCGGCCCAGAAUGGCCAGUCCCCCAUGGCUGCGCUGAUCUUGGUAGCAGACAGUGCAGGGGGCAGUCACGCCUCGAAAGAGGCCACCCAGGUCCACUCCACGACCAGGAGGAACAGCAGCAGCCCACCCUCUCCGUCCUCUGUGAACCAAAGAAGGCUCGGUCCCAGAGAGGUGGGGGGCCAGGGGGCAGGCAGCGCGGGAGGACUGGAGCCAGUGCACCCCACCAGCCUCCCGGACUCCUCUCUGGCAGCCAGCGCCCCUCUGUGCUGCACCCUCUGUCACGAGCGGCUGGAGGACACCCACUUCGUGCAGUGCCCGUCGGUCCCUUCGCACAAGUUCUGCUUCCCUUGCUCCAGACAAAGCAUCAAACAGCAGGGAGCCAGCGGAGAGGUCUAUUGUCCCAGUGGAGAAAAAUGCCCUCUCGUGGGCUCCAACGUCCCCUGGGCCUUUAUGCAAGGGGAGAUCGCGACCAUCCUUGCCGGAGACGUGAAAGUGAAGAAAGAGAGAGACUCGUGACUUUCCGGUUUCAGAAAAACCCGGUGAUCGCCCUUAACUAGAACUGCUCGAAUUGUGUCUAUAUCUCCACAUAUAUAUAUCCAAGACAAGGGAAAUGUAGACUCCAUAAACAUGGCUGUAUAAUUUUGAUUUUUUGAAUACAUUGUGUUUCUAUAUUUUUUUGACGACAAAAGGUAUGUACUUAUAAAGGCAUUUUCUUCUUUUGUUAACGUUAUUAGCAUAUCUCUGUGCUUUAUUACCCUGGUGACAGUUACCGGUCAAUGUAGGCUGUGACUCGCGCUGCUUUUUUAGAGCACUUGGCAAAUCCGAAAUGCUUUUUAGCUGUAUUUGUAUGCACUUAUUUUAAAAAGAGGGGGAAAAAAAGAAAAAAAAAAAAAGCCAAAUACAUUUUCUGACAUUGUAAGAUUGCCUUACUGUCUGUCGUUCCUUACUGCUGGCCCCUUUCUCAGGCCGGAGGCCAGCUGGUGGAGAAGGGAAGGAAGCGAUUGAAAGGGGCUCUGUCGUGAAGUGGGCAUGCCACCGGGAAAUACCAAGUUCACCCCGAAACAUCGUCCUUAGGUUAAUAGGAAGAUAGAUUGUGACUCUCUGUUUUGUUCUUAAAGUUGAGCUGUGGAUUAUUGAGGACUGACUGCCUGAGAGCCGCUGCUGCGAGAGUGUUUCAGGACCGGUUUUGGGGUGGGGGAGGGGGAUUUUUUUUAAGGCAGAGUUGACCACUGUCCGCUGCCCACGUGAUCAGUUGUGAGAUGCUCAUGCUGCAUGCUAGUCGGUUACAUAAUACACGGUCCGGUGCCGGGAGGCGGCGAUACCGUCCGGCGGUGCGGACGGGCUGGCACUGCCGCGGGAGCGGAGCCCGGCCCCGCAGCGCCACUUCCUCUGCGCAGGCGCCCCUCCCCCUCCCCAGGAGCUCUGUUUGUUGUCGCUGGUGUCGUUUCCUUUGAAAAGAGUUGUAAGAGAAGUUACAGGCCAGGUGAACUUGGAGAUUGUGGGGAUUGGUUUCGUUUCUGUUUCGUGUUUUGUUUUUUAUCAUUUACCUGUACCGCUUUUGCUGUCGAUGCUGUCACCUACACCCUGCUUUGUCGUGAGUGCUGAAUACAGUAUGGUACAGUGACAGACAGAGGCGGCGCCCGGUGCCGCCAGGACUGCCCGUGGGCACAUCAGCGACAGCCCAAAUGGGGGUGGAGGAAACCUGUAAUCUUCUUACAUGUGUUUGAAAUACCGAGUGAAUAAUACAGUUCUUCUGGAAAACAAUGACAAACUAGUGAAAAUCAAAGAAAAGGUUUCACAUCAUAGACAGGCCCCACCCCUCAAACUACUUUUAGAAGCCUUUUGUAAACUAAUUUCUUUCGAUCGCUAUUUUGCAUCAGUCAAAUGAUUUUUUCUUAAACCAAUAAAUCAUCCGUUAUUAGGAGUAGUUGUCUCACAGCGAUCCUGGUUUCUCCUUUGUGCUGUUAUGACUUAACAUCCUCGGGAACACUAUUUUACGUCCUUUUACGUUCAGGUGUUUGUAACUUGGACCUGUCAUUAGGCUGAAUCAUCGCUUCGAGGUCUAUUACAAGUUACGUGUAUCGUUCACAACCCUGCUUCUGUUUUAAUUUGAGAAUAUAGAUUGUUGCCCACUUCGGGUGAUUUUUUUUGGUUAUGUUUUUGUCUUUUUGAAAUCGUUCAAAUAUUUUUUAAUGGUCAGGUUAUUAACACUUGGAAAUCGGAUACUGCACCGAGUCCAGUAUUUUUUUCGUAGUGUUUGGAAUGAGUGCACCCAUCACCGACGCUGUGCAGAUUCACCUUACCGGCCAUCGUUAUGUCACAAGCAGACCUGCAUGAUUAACCAGUUUGUUGUUACACUUUUUUUUUUUUUUAAUUGGAGUAGCUAUGACUCAGAUCGGACUGGUUUCUCUUAUGUAAAUGUACACAUGCAGAAACAGUCUGUCUUACAUGCCCAUAAAGACAUUUGUAAAGAAUUCGACUAUUAUGGUCUGUUGUAUAAAUGCGUAUCUAGGCACUUUAUUAUAAACUGGAAUUUGACCUCGUAGAUGUUACAAGUUUAUCAGUCACUUGACCUAAUUUGUGGUAGCUAUCUGUAUGUUUUGCAAUCUGAAUACAGAUAAGCUUUCCCAAAAGAUUAAUACAGAACCAUCCCGCUGUUUUGAGUAAGUCCAUCCAGCUGUGGGAAAGGCAACCUGUGGUUUCUCUGGACCGGAGUUUCCGGGAGAGAAAACCAACAGCUUUAAAGGGCUGUGUGUUGCGCGCAGGUUACUCCUCUUAAAAAAAUAAGUCGCGUGUGAGUCUGCCUGGCCCCUGGGUGGCCUUUGUGGAAGGCUCGCAGCUGGGAAAUGUCGAUCUGGGUUAUUUUCCUGGCAUUCUCUUAAGUUAAAAAGUUAACAUUGGGACAUGGGUUUGAUCUUUUGUUGUACCUGAUGACAGUGUGGAGAUCCCCCACAGCUGGAUAAAAAUGUCAGAAAGCUACUUACUGUACACGGGCAGUAUCAGAUUGCAAAUCCUAACAUUUCAGCUGUGCUUUUAAUACUCGGAAUAUUAGGGGGUGGGGUGUCGGAGCUUUCCCUUUCUUUGCUUUAACAAUUUAUAGAAUUUAACAGAUGUACUGUCUUUCAUGUGGCCUCACAUUAAAAGUUAUGAGAACGUACACAUGGUUUACAGCUUUUACUAUAUACCUUUCCUUGGCCACCGAGUAUUUUAAAAGUGUGCCACCUUUUGACCUUUCCUUUUUUUUUAAGUUGAAGGUGAUAACUUUUUCUAUAUAUGAUGAAACUCCUGUCAACCCAAGUGAGUGUAAUCUCAGAUAUCAACAUUAUAUUUUAAAAUCACACUGUGGAAAUAUCACCUGCAUUCUGUCAUUUGUCAGAUUUACAGUAUCUUUUUUUUUUCCUUUAACUUUUAGCAUUAAAUAAAAAUAAAAUUGGGAGCACUGAA